GUCUGACUGUCUGCAAACCGCGAUGUCUCAAUUUUCGUUGAAAAAUCCGGUGCGACUACUUUACUUUCUUUACUUUUCAUAUUCAUUGCAUAAUUGUCUGGCUAUUGUUUGCUCCAGCUAUUAAGAAUAAAAAUGCCUGAACUGACCAAGCCUGCACCUGACUUUGAAGGCACUGCUGUUGUCAAUGGGCAGUUCAAAACUGUAAAAUUAGCAGAUUAUAAAGGGAAAUAUGUUGUGCUGUUUUUCUAUCCCCUUGACUUCACAUUUGUUUGUCCGACCGAAAUCAUUGCCUUCUCCGAACGAGCUGACGAAUUCCGUAAAAUAAAUUGUGAAGUGAUAGCUUGUUCUACAGACAGUCACUUUAGUCAUCUUGCCUGGAUCAACACUCCUCGUAAAGAAGGUGGACUUGGUAAAAUGAACAUUCCGUUGUUGGCUGAUAAAAAUUGCAAAAUCUCCAAAGAUUAUGGUGUUUAUAAAGAAGAUGCUGGUUUGACAUUUAGGGGCUUGUUCAUUAUUGAUGGAGAUGGUAAAUUACGUCAAAUUACCAUCAAUGAUUUACCUGUGGGUCGAUCUGUGGAUGAAACCCUGCGUUUAGUUCAAGCAUUCCAGUUUACUGAUAAACAUGGAGAAGUUUGUCCUGCUGGCUGGAAACCUGGUGAUGCUACCAUGAAACCAGACCCUGAAGGCAGCAAAGAAUAUUUCAAGAAACAUUGAAUGUUAGUAUUUAUAUCAAAAAUGGAUGUGGUUGCAUUUACAUCUGCUCUAAUUGGGAAUUGUUUCAAUCUGUACCAGUAUUUUUUUACUCUUAAGUUUUUGGAUUAAGUAAUUGUAUAUCUUGUAACAUCAAAUUGAUAAAAUAAAAUGUUGCUUUAAUCUACAUA